AUGAAUAAUUAACAAAUAAUUUCAAAUAACUCCAAGUAAGAACAAUAACCCGAAGAGGAAUCAUAUGAUGAAGAAGACGACGAUGACUUGUAAGAGUACACGCAAUCGACUAAUCUAAAAUAACUGUUCAAGAAUUCGGGUAAUUUCAAAAAAACCUAAAACUAUUAGAUUCUUUCAUGCAGCAAAUUAACCUCCUAAAUGAAUCGGCUACAGCCAAAAUUAAACAAUAGAAACAUAAAGAAGCAUUGAAACUAUUGCAACAAUCUGAGCAGAUGCUUGAAGUAUCACUCAUUUACAUUUUUCUUAGUUUGCUGCCAGUUGCGGUAGAGUCAUCGAUAGGAACUUAAUCAUUAUUAUCUUGUAUAACCAAGCAUGUGCUUAUCAAUGGUAUGAUUAUCUUUAUGAUUACAGCCAAUGGAUCCUAGAUAAAUGCUCUAAGUAUCUGGAUGGAGUUAUCUACAACAUGGAAAUAGGUAUCAAAGAAGAUGAGCAGGAUUUGCAGGCUCUUCCCAACAUGCAAGAGAAACAAGCUCAACUCAUCAAGAGAUAGGCAUUUCUGGUCAAAGCCUACUUGCAAUACACUGCCAUACUAAGCUAAUUAGGAAAGUAAAUCACAAUAUAUACAUAGACACAAGUAAGCCUUGCUUAAUUCCCAAAAAGCAGCUCAAACCAUGCGAGAGCUCUUUAAGGUAGCCAACUCCUUUUGUCAGUCAUGGCUACAAGUUAACGGCUCUCAGGGAACUGCCACAACAUCAUAAUCUAAUGUAUCUGUCAGAAGUAAGCUACUUUUCUUAUAAUCAAGAUGAGUCCUCUCAUAAUCUGGAUAAAAAGAAGAAGAGCCAAACUUAUCAACUCUAAGAUGAAAUUGAAAUUGGGAGGGUUGUCAUUGAUGGUGCCUAAGAUGUAUUGAAGGACAUGAUUAAAUAAGAGGAUUUGUCCUCUGUUCGUUUAGAUCAAAAAUAGUUACUCAAAGAAACCAAACGGCAAUUGUACAAUUGGAGAAACAACCCAGAAAAUAAUGAUAAAUCAAUCAGAAAAGAAUUAAAAUUGGUCACUCAAAAUGAAGAAUAUCGAUCUUUGUUCGGUAAUCAAAACUUGGCUGAUUGGAUUAAGAACUUUAAUAUUGGCUCAAUUAUGCAUAUGGCUCCCCAAAUUUACGAGGAAUUCACUUAAUUUGGCGAAAUGAUUUUUGAAUUAGCUAAGAGAUAACUAUUGGAAAAAGUCAUCUAUCUCUCCAUAUCAUAUUUCACUAUUGCAACUGAAUUGAGAUUUGUUGAAUUAGAAAAAGCCAAAUAACAUGGUGUUAAAGACGAUAAAAUCAAUACUGACGAGUUUAAACUUAGUGAGUUAUACCAUCUUAAAUCUAUCGAAAUUGCAUGCAGACAUAUCUAAUAUCAAUCCCCUUAUAUCUCUCAUCUAAUUACUAGCUAUCAUAAACAUUAUAACAUCAAUCUUGAUGUUAUUCGAGAAGAAUCUUUACAAUCCACAGCAUCUGAAAAGAUAGUAGAAGAAUAAGAGCAGCCUAAAGUUAAAGGGAAGAUUUUGCAAAUAUAAAUUAAUAAAGAUAUACCAAAUUCAAAGUUUGAAAAAUAAGAUCAAUCUCCAAAGCUCACAGGUAAUUUCAUUAAAUCGUUUCUUAAUUCCAGAUCACCUCCCAAAUAGUCUCAAAAAUAAUCAGUCAAAAAUCUAAUUAGCGAAACAGUCAAAAUUUAAACCAAUCUUUUAGAAUAGAUGAUUAAUAAAAAAAGAGGGUCAGACUCAUCUCCCACUAAUCAAAGGAACUCAGUCAAAUAAUAGAACUAAGCAGAUUUUGAUUUCAGCGUCUAUUUAAAAAAACAAUCUAACCCAUGCAACACUAGUAAUUUAAACACUGAUACUACACAAGACAUUGUUAAUAGUGCUAUGACUAUUUAAUUACAGCCAUAUAAGAAUAACAGUAUCAAAAAUACUCUAAAUAAUAUGAUUAAACAGUCAAGUCCAACUAACAAUAACAAUACACAGUUAAAGACUUUUCUUUCAGAUGCUUGUAGAACAGAGAGAUAAGUAAUGACUGAACAAUAGAAUUCUUACACUCCUAUUAGUUAUAGAGUUAAUAAUAGAUCUCCUGAUUCGUCCUAUCUAAAUGCUCAAAAAUAGCGUUAGCAAUAACUGCAUCAUAAUAAAACUCCUCAAAACAGACCAAGAACAAAUACUGAAUAACAAUACCUAUAACCAUGUAUUUAAUAUUAAUCUAAAUAUAGCAUUUCCUCUAAAAUUAGAAACAAUUCAGCAGCUAUUAAGAAACAAAGCAAUUAAUAAUCCGAAAAUAAAAUGA